AUGGGAGUCGGUGGUUUGCGAACAGAGUGAUUUUGUGAAUCGCGCGAUUCCAGACCGCGUCAUGCGAGGGUCGAAGAGGGGCGAGCAGCACGAACACGACACAAUCAGCAUCCACCGUACAGGGAAAUCUUCAGUCUUGUUGAAGCUCUCGAAGGAGAUUGUUUCAUGGGUUUCACCUACCUGUCGAGUGUCGUUGCUUUGCCCCCGCAAGGAUCCCCGUGAGCCAUGAUGGACUUGGCGGAUGCCGUAAGGCUCGUUUACGACACCCUGCUGUUCAUUGGUGUAUCCAUCAUGUACGUGGCCGAGGCCGUUGCUCUCAGCUUAAUUCCAAGACGUUUCCGGGGUAAAAGUAUAGCCGGUGAAGUCGCCCUGGUCACAGGCGGAGGAAGCGGUAUCGGAAAACUUGUUGCCAUAAAGUUAGCAAAACUCGGUGCCCACGUGAUCGUUUGGGACAUCAAUGAGAACGGAAUCGAGGACACCGUGAAACAGAUAAAAGAGGCUGGAGGUAAGGGUUACGGUUAUCGCUGCGACCUGACUGACAGAGAAGAUAUUUACAGAACGGCGAAAGCCGUCAAAAUAGAAGUCGGACCUGUAACACUGCUGGUGAACAAUGCCGGCUACGUCUGCGGCAGGACUCUCCUGGAUCUUCCCGAUGAGGAAAUCGACAGAACUUAUCAAGUCAACAUUUUAUCACAUUACGCGACUACCAAAUCUUUCCUCAAGGAAAUGAUGAAGGAUAAUCACGGUCACAUAGUUACCGUUGCCAGCGUCGCUGGUCUCCUGGGAACAUACAGAUGUACGGAUUAUUCAGCGACAAAAUUCGCGGCGAUCGGAUACCACGAGAGUCUAUUCACGGAACUGAGGGCACACGGCUACGACGGAAUACACGCCACGUUGGUUUGUCCAUAUUUUAUCAACACGGGAAUGUUCAACGGUGUGAAACCCAGAUUAUUGCCGAUGUUGGAGCCAGAAUAUGUCGCGGAGGAAAUCGUUGCAGGGAUCUUAACUAACCAAGUGAAUGUCGUGCUUCCAGGAAGUGUCAGAUAUCUACUCCCAUUAAAAUGCUUAUUACCCGCGAAGAUGUCUUGGGCAUUGAUGUAUCAGAUUAUGCAAGGUCCACAGUCAAUGAUGACGUUCAAAGGACGAGAAGCUUUAGAAGAUCAAAAUGCAAAUAUUCCGAUGAGAAAGGGUGAAAAAAAUUAAUAAAUUUAUCGUGAUUUUGUUGUGCCGCAUGAGCGGCGAUAAUCUUGUAGCAAUGUACGAUUGUGAAAUAAUUUUUAGUCCACGAUUCGGCUGCAAGCACAGUUAUUUCCGUUCUGGGUCCAAAAAUUAAUUGUCACAUUGCUAAUGAAGAGUUGAAAUCUUUGGUAUUUUCACUAAUAUCAGUAUCGUAUACAUAUUAGUUCAAUUUAAAUAAUCGGUUUUGUUACCGUCAUCAUAGUGUAAGUGCAUCAAAUCAAAAGGCAAAUUACAUUUUUACUUUCAUUUAAAUAAUGACAAUGUGCACAAAAUGAUAGUCUUAUUGGUACGUAUGACGACUGGAUAUGCCAAAGGAAUAUAUUACUACUCAAAAUGGAACUAGACAAUCACAAAAGUCAAGUUGCGGUUUCUAUUUAUGAAAAACGACAUAACUUUAUACACAUCAUGGUCGGCGGAAGACUGAAUUAGUCAUUGGAUUCCAAAUAAUGAAUAUAGUAACUAUGGCGCGCUUAGCAACAAUUACAAUCUUCCAGUUAAAUUCUACUUAUAAGUUAGCCAGUUCCUUAGUAAACGUAUGACAAAGCAUCACAUUUCAACUGGUUGAAUACAAAUAUUAAAUAAAUGAAGGAUUUUUUCAUAAGAUCAACUUUUGAAACGGUCUUUCAAAAUAUCAUGUGUCUAGCUGGAUUGUAUUAUUGCAGAUUGAGUAAUCUCAUGUUUAGUUUUACUUUGUAAUUAUUUGACGAAUAUCGCUCAAAAUUCUGGAAAAAUUACAGUAAAUCGUAAAAAAAAUCCAAGCCUUGUCCCAAUUCCCAAAUAGAAAUUCCAGUACCUAAUUCUUUUGCCAAACUUAUUCGAGUAUUUAUCGAUAGUAGGGAUGGAUAAAAGACCAAGUGUCGACCAUUUGAUGUUCUAAAACAAUAUAAAAUUGAAAUUUGAUAAACCAUACAGAUUGUUAUUCAUUCAAUGAUUUACCGCGUUGAUUCGUGAAUAAAUUAAAAUACUUACUUGAAACUGAA